UUAUAAAUAAAUUUUCCCGGCUGACCUAGGGUUUCAUUUCGCUCUCCACCAGUCAGUCUCAGCUAAAACCCUAGCCGUAGCCUCUUCACCAUGGUUGCUUCAAAGAAAACUAAGAAGACUCAUGAAAGCAUCAAUAACAGGCUGGCUCUUGUUAUGAAGAGUGGAAAAUACACCCUUGGUUACAAGACUGUGCUCAAAACUCUCCGUAACUCCAAAGGAAAACUGAUACUGAUAUCAAACAAUUGUCCACCACUAAGGAAAUCUGAGAUCGAGUACUAUGCCAUGCUUUCGAAAGUUGGAGUACACCACUAUAAUGGAAAUAAUGUCGACUUGGGAACUGCAUGUGGCAAAUACUUCCGUGUUUCAUGCCUAAGCAUCGUCGAUCCAGGUGACUCGGACAUCAUUAAGUCACUUCCCGGUGAACACUGAGAAGAUUCUUUUUAUCUUUUCUGUAUUGGUCAUUUUGGACUUCUUCAAGUGUUUCUUGUUUCUAAAUGAUAGUAGAGGACUCAUCGAGUUUUGAAAAUUUAAUCUAUAUUUUAAUUUAGUUUUGAAAAUUUAAUCUAUAUUUUAAUUUUUGGUGUUUUCCUUAUUGGCUAACACAGUUUGAUUUCUUAACCUGGCUGGUGCCUGUCACAAUUCCCAUUUCAUGAUGCAAUUGAACGUGAUUAGUAGACGUGCAAUUUCUUCU